AAUUUAAUAUUCACCAAUAUUACGCAGACGGGCAGCACACACCCAUCCACUAAGUUUAUUCAAGUCGACCUUUAUAUUGAUGUAAUGGCAGAAAGCGAAGGAGCCGCAGAGCAAAGUUCGCCAAAGGUCUCGGAAGGAAUGAAUUUGAAGGCUCUUGUCAUCGGGGGCACUGGAGCUACCGGCAAGAGUUUGAUUGGAGAGCUGCUGUCAGCGAAGAAUUUUGCAAAAGUGAUUGCUCUUGGACGAAGGAAUGCCACCGUGCCAGAGCAGUAUAAUGUCGACCAAGCAGAAGCUGAGAAAGAAGGCAGACUUGUUCAAGUUACUGUUGAUUUUGAAACUCUUACAAAGGAGAGUGUAGCCGAACAUUUCCAAGAUGGGGAUGUCUUCUUCAAUACAUUUGGAACUCAAAGAAACAAAGCUGGGUCAGCGGAGGCCUUCUUCAAGAUUGAUCACGACUAUCCAAUGAAAUGCAUCAAAAUUGCGAAAGAAUGCGGGGUGAAGCACGUCUCAGUGGUUACUUCAAAUUACGCGAAAGCGGACAGUCGUUUGUUGUACUUGAAAACCAAAGGGCAGAUUGAAGAAGAUUGCAAGAAGCUCGAGUUCGAACGUGUUAGUAUCAUUCGACCGGGCUUGUUGGGACGCGGCCCUGACGCUAAAAUGUCUGAAAAAUUUUUCGGGUUUUUCUUCAAAGCGAUACAAGUCACUGAUAUAGCAAAGGCAAUGCGUAUCGAUGCCGAGAAUGUGGCUAAAACCUUGAAAUCAGGUGAAACCUCAGGUAUGGAGAAGUGUCGCAUUUUCUUCAAUGCUGAUGUUUGGAACAUGAUCAAGGACGUAGAAUGAAAUUAAUAUAUCGGGUUUUGCCUAAAAUAGUUACUUGCACUAUAUUUUCAUAUCAGCAAAAUAACUGUCACUUUUUUCAUCGUUUGUUUUCUUGGAUUCCUAAACUAUGCAUGCUUUUUGUUUGCUUAAAGUAUUCUCUCUGUUUCCUAAAGUCUCAUGUUCUUUGUUUCGUAAAGUAUUAAUAUAUUCUGUUUCCUUGAAGUA